AAUAUGGCGGCGCCCAGCGGCAAGGCAAAGCUGGCCGGGAAUUCGUAGCCGCUCCAGUGAAUAGAUGAGGCAAUUAACGCUUGGAGGGAUUAAGGCCCUUUUGCUGGAGAUCUCUUCGGAAGUUAGGCUAGAAUUCGGUCCUGCGUCUGCCUGUUUGACCCACGGAAUCCCGAAUCCUGGCAGCCAGUCUUAGAACUGCUGUGAUUGCCCGGCAAGCAUGAGUUGGAUCCGAGCCAUCCUGCAGGCCCCAGGCCUCUCCCGGUGCUGGGGAGGUGUCUGCGGGGGCUCACUAACGGGAGCCUCCUUUCCUCAGGUGUUCCCCCAGAUCCAGCGGGGUCUCCACUGCAGCAGCGCUGCCUACACCUCCUCGGAUUCCUCCCUGGUCCCACGCCCCCCAGAGCCCUCCGGGCAGCCCCCCCAGGCUCCAGCACCCCAUGAGGAGCUGUUCGGGCCGGCGGCAGGGGGUGCGCAGGACAAGGCGGGCUUCGUGCGGGCGGUGCAGAGCUUCUCCCAGCGCAGUGUGCAUAAGCGCGGCCACGUGGACUUCAUCUACCUGGCGCUGCGCAAGAUGCCGCAGUUCGGCGUGGAGCGCGACCUGGCCGUCUACAACCUGCUGCUCGACGUCUUCCCCAAGGAGGUCUUCCGGCCGCGCAACAUCUUCCAGCGCAUGUUCCUGCACUACCCACGCCAGCAGGAGUGUGGGCUGGCCGUGCUGGAGCAGAUGGAGAAUCACGGGGUGAUGCCCAACAAGGAGACAGAGUUCCUGCUCCUCCAGAUCUUCGGCCGCAGGAGCUACCCCAUGCUCAAGCUGGUGCGCAUGAAGCUCUGGUUCUCCCGCUUCAGGCACGCCAACCCCUUUCCCGUGCCCGCGGAGCUGCCCCAGGACCCCGUGGAGCUGGCCCGCCUGGGUCUGCGGCACAUGGAGCCUGACCUCAGCUCCAGGGUCACCGUGUACCAGAUGCCUUUGCCCCAAGACCCUGUGGGAAGCCGGAGCCUGGCAGAGCCCCACACACCGCACAUUGUUGGAAUCCAGAGCCCCGAUCAGCAGGCGGCCCUGGCCCGCCACAACCCAGCCCGGCCUGUGUUCGUGGAGGGCCCUUUUUCCCUGUGGCUCCGGAACAAAUGUGUCUAUUACCACAUCCUAAGAGCUGACCCACUGCCCCCUGAGGACAGGGAAGCUGAGGAGAUUCCGGAAGAGUGGAACCUUUACUACCCAAUGCAGCUGGCCCUGGACUAUGGCCGGAGCGGCUGGGAUGAUUACAACUUCGACAUCGAUGAAGUGGAAGAAGGCCCCGUCUUUGCCAUCUGCAUGGCAGGGGCCCAUGACCAGUCCACCCUGGCCAAAUGGAUCCAGGGCCUGCAGGAGACCAACCCGGUCCUGGCCCAGAUCCCCGUGGUCUUCCGACUGACUGGCUCGGCUGGGGAGCUCCAGUCACCCACAGGGCUGGAGGAGGCGCCGCCGCCGCCGCCCGAGAACCAAGAAGAGGACCAGGACGGACAGCGACGGCAGCGGGGCCAGAGCUGAGGGCGAGUGGCCACGGGGACUGCUGGCCCUGGACUGCUGGGGGAAUCGUGCUGAGUGGGGAGUGUUCAGCAAAUAAAAGAUCAAACACGCCAACAAA